AUGGCGGCUCCCAAGGUCGAGGCACAGGAAAUAGCCUUCCGUACACCAGGGCCGCCCACAGACUCGGAAUCCCCCAGCUCCCGGAAGUUUCCUUUUGAAAACAUGGCGGCAAGCUCUACCAAGGGCUGGGCGGUUGCUGUGGAGCAUCUUUUGAAAGGGGACCAGCCGAGCCACCCAGACGGGAUGGCCAGUGCUAAGAUGGUGUGCGAUGUGCAGCCCCACUUGCUGCGGAACGGUGGCUUGCCCGCAGAUGCACAAAUUCGAGCUACUUCUAAACUACCUGUUAAAUCUAAAGGAGUUGACGGAUUUAGACAUUUUUACCCGGGAGGUUCAGAGCCUGAUAUUACAAAAGUCACCAAACCAAGACAAGGGAACGGGCAGGUAAAGGCUGCAGGGACCGCCAGCAGGAGAAACAUCAAAAAGGGCUACAAGCCACCGACUAAGCAGAAACCAGAGGAGGAACUAAAAGAUCAAAACCAGCUCCUGGAGGCCGUCAACCAGCGAUUACACCAGAAGCUGGCGGAGACUCAGAGAGAACUGAAGGACCUGGCGCAGAAAGUGGAACUGCUGGAGAAGUCUCAGGAUAACUGCUUAGCAAUUUUGGAGAGCAAUGGCCUCAACCCAGGCAGCGAGACCCUGGCUUCACAGCCGAAACCCACCACUGAUCACGCAGACGCCAUGCUGCUGCUACAAACUUUGCAAGAUGAACUGAAGGUUUUCAACGAAACUGCCGAGGAGCAGAUGGAGGAGUUAGAGGCCUUGAAGGUGAAGUUGAAGUUGAAAGAAGAAGAAAGGAUCCAGUUCCUGAAACAACAAACCUUAUGUAAGGACCAAGCUAGUGACUUCACAAUAGUCCUGGAGGAAAUAGAACAGCUUUUAGAAAUGUAA